CGCAAACCGUGCCCGCUGCCCAGGGGCGGCGCGGCCGCGCUGCCCGUCAACACCACGCUGGCUGAGGUGGUGAAGCUGUACCGGGCCGAGGCAGAGCGGGAGCCGGGACGCAGCGAGGAGGCGGCGCGGGCGCUGGGGGGAGCCUGCCGCAAGCACCCGGCGCGGCCACUGCAGCUGUACUGCCGCCUGUGUUGCCAGGCGGGCUGCGGGCAGUGCGUGUCUGAGCUGCACCAGGGCAUCUUCCACUGCGUCAACCUGCUGGACACGGUGUAUCAGGAGGAGAAAUUAACCUUUUUCAGUAGUCUGAAAAAAGUAAGAGCAAUUAAUGAGAAGCUGGAAAAGGAAAUAUCAAGUCAUCAAAAAGCGGCGGAGAUGAUGUUGAACAAUGAAGCAGAAAUAAUUACAAUGGAAUUUGAAGAAAUUUUCAAAACUCUGGAAACGAAAAAAAAGCAAUUGCUAGAAGACCUUGAAAAUCAAAGAAGUAAGAGAGAGAAAGAGUUACAAAUUUGGAAGAAAAUGAAAGGAAUUCACAAAAUAACUAUUGAAAAUUUCCUGAAGGAUUGUGAAAAGCUGGUCGAUGAAUGUGAUCCUCAGCGUUUCUUGGAGGUGGCAUGUGGAUUAAAUAAAAGAAUGAAGACUCAGCUUGACCUGAUGCACAUAGCAUCUAGCUAUGAAAAAGAACCAGAGUAUACCCAAAAGCAAAUGGAUAUUAAAUCUGUAGUUAAGGAAAUACUGGCCUUGCAGCUAACUCCAGUUGAACACUGCAUUGUUAAAGCUGAUUUUCCUUCUGGAGGAAAUGAAAGCUUACCUGGGAAUUUUGUAUUUAAAAAUAGUGUAAAACAUUGGAAAGACCAGAAGACCAUACACAAGACAUUUUAUCCUGUAGCAGGACAAGAGGAAACAUUCACUGAUGGCGGUGGGAUCUGUACUCGCUUGAUGUCAAUAUCAGGAAUGUUGGCAUUUCAAAAUAUGAGUCCUGAGGAACUACGCUAUAAACAUUAUAUGGUCCAUCGGAAAACAUCAGAUCAGAUUAAGGUGCCUACUGCGCAUGUAAAUAAAAAGCAUAAGUUUGUGAUUGGCUCUUUGAAGAGUGCAUCAGCAGCAGUUUCUCAUUUUUGUUCAUCUGCAAAAGUGAAAGAUACAGAGAGAAUGAAAACAGAAAAAUUUGAAAGAGAAAAAGCUUUUGAUAACACUGUUUCCAGUUCCUGUAGUCAAGGAUUCAGCAUUCCACCUGUGAACAGGGAUUUCCCUGUAGUAUGCAGUGACUUCAAGUUACUUAAUGGGACAGGAUCUCAAGAAGUGAGCAAACACCCUCCACCAUCAGAUGAAUCAAUGAGCUCAGUAGCUAAAGACAAAGUACAAGUGCCUCAAUCAUCUGAAAAGCAAACAUGUUUCAGUAUUGCACCUAGUUUACCACAGUUAGCAACAGCAUCUGACACAACUUCAAAUUCAACUGAAAGACUUGCAGCUUCAUCUUUUGUCCUUGGUUCAGGUGAUGACUCACUACCCAAGUUCAAUAAGGCUGUAGCUACAGUGUCCUUCCAAAAGGCAAACAGUGAAUCAGUUUUCCCUACUUUUUAUUUGGGAAACUGUAAUGCCCAAGUUAAAAUGGAUAAUCAAGAAGGAAAUAAGGAUACAAAGCUAAGUUUAACCAAGGCUAAAGAUUCUGCUACUUCUGCCAGUCAUAACCUAGGAUCAGCUGAUGAUGGAAAGCCAUUUUUUUCAUUUACCUUUGGCAAUUCGGAAGACUUUUUUACAGUAUCUAAACUCAACAGUUCAUCAAAGGCUUCACCAUCUUUAUGCUUUAACGAGAAGCCAGCUGAACAAAGUACAGUACUUCAGACAGGUACAGAGAACAACAGUUCUGCAGACAAAACACUAGAGCCUAAGUGGCUAAAAUCACCAACAUUAUUUUCAUGGGAACAGACUACUUUUAACACUCCAGAAGUUACCACAACUUGUAUAACAUCCAGUGUUGCCAGAGGGAAGAAUGAUGGUUCCAGGACUCCCCCUUCCUUUGGUGAUGAUAUAUUUUCCUUCUCAAAUAACUGUCCCCUAGAAUGUAAAUCUUCACCUCUCUUUACGUUUGGAAGCACUGUCAAAAGUAGCCCAGAUUCAGUAGCUUCCUCCUCAACAUUGUUUUUAUCUCAUAAGAAUACAAAUGAAAACGAAAAAAUUAAACUGGGAUCUGACAAAAUGUGUCCUGUUGCAGAAGCACCUAUGCCUCCAGUAUGUAAAUUGGCCGUUUCUGAACUUAGCCCAAAAGGUAGCAGUACAUUUUUGUCUUUGGACAUAUCUGUGAAGGCUGAAGAAGCAGUUGCUCAGCAAAAUGCACUGUGUAGUUCUCCUACAGCUAACCCUUUGUUUACAACAGACCUUUCUGUUAAAGGAGGCAAGACCUGUUCCACUCCAGGGGCUGCAUCAACACAAUCGCAAAUGGAGCUGAAGGUUGCAGAUGACAGCAGUGUAGUUGUUGCUAAUACAUGUAAGUCGCACCAAGAUUUAGGAGAUAUUUCUAGGAAGAAGGAUGAACUUGAAUCUCUUCUGCUUCAAAAUGCAGCUCACUUUGACCCUGUCACAGCUCCGCUUGCAGUAGAAAAGGGAGGUGAAGCACCAAAUGAUGCAUUCUCUGAUAUAGAAGAGCUAAGCCAAGCAUCCAUCUCCAGUGACUGUAGUAGCGCAUCAGAAUAUUUUUCUGUUGCCGAAGACAAAGUAUCUGUUAGUAGAAAGUCAGGCCCAUGCAACAGAGAAUGAAGUACAAGAGACUUUCCUUCAAGGUAAAUGAUAUUUAGGUAUCUGUUGGUAUAUGAUGGUAUCAAGGAAAUACUGCUGCUAGGAUGCAUAGCCAGUUAAAAAGGGGAUAUCCUAAGGGUUUUUAGUGCUUUUUUUCUCUGUUAAUCUUACUGGGAAAUGGGGGUCUGUACUAAAGACACACAUGCCAUAUUAACUAAUAAAUUCAAGUGAAAUUAUUAGUAGGGAUGUUGUUUUCAGGGUAUGAUUUAACACUACUGAAUGUUAACCUUCAAGACAGUCUUCCUGUGUUUAAAUAUAAUUAAUUCCCAAUGAAGACUCGAUACUCUUAGGAGGCAUUAUCUGUACUUGAAGCUGGAAUCUUGUAAAAGCAGUAGACAUAUGGAUUGUUUUCUGACUGUCAUUUCUCCAUGCUAUAUUUAACAUAAGAUGUAGAUAAAAACUUUUGAAGUAUAUCACUGUAUUUUACUGCAGUACUUACUAAAAAGAGCAUUUUGACUUCUCCCAAGCCUUUCAAUAAUAAUGUGUCUGAAUUAAUCUUUUAACAUGAUUCUCACUUUUGGUAUGUACUGGUGGAAAAUAUCUACUACACUCUUACAAAAUGCAAUCCUAAAUCCACAGGAACUAUUGUAGAUACUACAAGUGGAGUGUUUGAUCUGCAUACCUUGUCAAUAUGUUGUCUGGAGAGAGAGAAUGGUUUUAACUGUUGUGUCAAAUUACCUACUGAGGCUCGAGUAAUCUAAUGACAUUGUAGUUAGUGUUAAUAUGAUACUGGCUAGAGAUAAAACCUAUUACCUCAAUCUAUGUGCCACCUCCAAACAAUUAUUAACUAUGGGAACCUAGAAGCUUCCAUACUGGGUCAUAUCAGAGAUCUGCUUAGCCAAGUAAAUGAUAUCUAGUAAGGCUUAUACCCAAUACUUCAAAGGAAAGAUUAAGAACAUUGUUGUGGGGAGAUGUAGUUUAACAGCUGACUUAAGUCUUGAAACAUAUCCUGUCAAAAUGGUUCAUGUAAGCUGUCCUGAGCAUUUGUUGGGAAGAACAGCAUAUACAUUGAAUAAAUAAACUCUAGAUAUUCUUGU